AUGACUUGUUCCGGAUGUAGAGGUUUGCUUCACAUCACCACCAUCUGUUGCAUUUGGAGCUUUUCCCAAAGCACUAUACCUUUUAAUCAUUACAGUUAUCGGCAAAAUGUGUCUACAAAUGGGAGACUCAACAGUACUCCCACAGGCGAAACUUUAGUUGUGGAACGUUUACUUUCGAGUGACCAAAGUAGCAUGAAUCUCCCAGUCGAUCAUUUCAAAAGAAAAACACCUUUAUCACCAACGCCAGUGUCUACAACCAGAGCUUUACAUCACUCUUCCAAAACUAUAGAACUUGAAAAAAAUGGCAUACCAACAGGGAUAGUACGGAACGGAACGUCAAUUGUAAACAGAACUGCUCUUCACGAACCGAAAGUUCUACCAGAGGGUACAACGCUCUACAGAAGCUGGUACCGAAACAUGACAGAGAUUGACGACACAAAUCCUGGACAAAACACAUCCAACAAAUUACAUCAAACGCCGUCAGUGUUUCAGUCAAACAUCAAUAAUCUUUUCCUAAAUGCAUUGCAAGGAAAGGAAAUCCAAGCACUGUUAAGUAGCUAUAUUCAUUCUAACAAUAUCGGCCUGCCCAUGUCCAUUAUAACACAGGAAAAUCUAAAAAUGAUAACUGAUGCGUUACUAUUGCAUGCUUCAGGAAAUGAUACCGCUUUCCUGCAGCUUCUGUUCGGCAGCGGCAUAACACUUCCACCGGAUAUGUUAAAGAAGUUUGGAAGGCUGUAUGGAAAUGAUGGAAAUAUAGACAUCAGUGAUAUCAUUUCGCACCUUACUAAUGACCAGAUAAAAGUUUUUUCAGACUUCAUCAUUCGGCAAUUUUCCCCUGUUUCCACUGUUUGUUGGAAUCACCUUAUUGAAAUUACAACUGACAAUGUCACAGCAUUGAAAAUGAUCGACGCCUCUGGUAAAGUACCUGCCAUGGUAUUACAAGGAAACUUUAAAUGGACAGGAUCUUUUGACGAGUGCCUGUCAUUUAAAAGCAUGGGAGAGAGUUCAAGGAAGUUUGAUGGGAAAUACUGUACCGCCACAAUACCUCUGGAUAAAGUUCUGGUAUCCGUAGUGAACAGUCACCCAGUGAAUGCAGAACUAGGUCUCUGUGUUCCCAGUACGUGUAACAGGCACGAGAUAAAACUCGUUAUGGAUUUAUUAAUGGGACUGGUGCCAUUUGGGAAUACUACACUAUACUGUAGUGAGAUGACCUGCCAGGAAACGCCAGAAUAUGACACGCUGGCAAUAGCUACCAUAAUGGUUUUCACGUGCCUUGGUCUCUUCAUUCUAUUUGCUACCUUAAUGGACAUAAGAUAUACAAAAGAUGCAGAAAUAGAAAUGAAGGAGUCGUCAAAAAACAACGAGAAACAAAUCAGUGACGGUUUUAACAGAAAUGGAAAAGAUGCAACAAUAGUCACAUAUACAGGAGUUAGGACGCGGCUGUUGAUAUCAUUCUCUAUGUAUACAAACGGCCUCAACUUACUUAAUACCAAUAGGCCAAGUGAUUCUUUAGGCGCAGUGAAUGGUAUACGCUUCCUGGGCGUCUCAUGGAUCAUCCUUGGACACACAGUUUUACAUAUUUCGUCUAGUGGAAUUAUGGCGAACCAGCUGUCCUUUGUUCCCGCCUUCUUACAACAAUGGUCAGCAGGAGUUGUGGUGAACAGUGUACUAUCAGUGGAUACAUUCUUUACACUCAGUGGGCUGCUGCUAUCCUACGUUUUUAUGAAGGAGAUGAAGAGACUGAACGGACAUAUCAACUGGUUUAUGUUCUACUUGCAUCGAUUCUGGAGAUUGACACCUCCGUAUAUGUUGGUGAUGUUUAUCUAUGUAGCGUUACUACGAUAUACCGGAGACGGUCCUUUUUGGCAGGAAAACGGAUUUGAGAAAGACUUCUGUGCUCAAACGUGGUGGAGAAAUCUUCUAUACAUCAACAAUUUCUUUGAUACCUAUAAUUCAUGUAUGGUCUGGACCUGGUACCUCGCUAACGACAUGCAGUUCUACAUAACUAGCCCAUUACUGCUUGUACCUCUCUACUUCUCCCGACGACUUGGUGGACUGAUGUGUGGUGUGUUUCUGUUGGGAAUUACUAUAACAACAUAUGCAGUGUCUUACUAUUUACACCUAUCGGCUGUUCUGUUUAAUGCUGACACAAAACUUGAGAAGUCCGAAGAUGACUAUUUCACAUACUACUUUGUGCGACCAUAUUGUCGGAUGGGUCCAUAUAUUGUCGGUAUUGUAGCAGGCUACAUACUUUAUCUAAAGGAAAGAAGCUUCAAAAUAAGCAAGGGCUUGAACACGUUAACAUGGUUCCUGAUGACGUUGCUAGGCAUCGUGGUAACGUACGGUGUAUAUGGACCCAUGAAUGGUGUACCCUGGGACAAUAGUAUUGCAGCCCUCUAUAACGCCACUCAUCGGACGAUGUGGAGCUUAUGCGUGUCCUGGGUUGUGUUUGCUUGUGUCACCGGUCACGGAGGAUUUAUAAACACGGUUCUGUCGUGGAAGGCCUUCGAACCGCUAGGACGCCUGACCUAUUGUGUGUACCUAGUACACCCCAUAUUGUUAUACUACUUCACUGCGACCAUGCGACAAACCAUUUACGUCACUAACUACACGCUGAUUUACAUCUUCCUGGGCACACUGGUAUCUUCAUACAUGCUUGCGUUUCUAACAUCGCUAGUGUUCGAGGCUCCAAUGAGAGGAUUAGAGAAAGUCUUAUUUAAGCGCAAACGAAAAUAG